CAAUCAACAGCACGUGUUGAUGUCGAUAUACCAGAAAGCACAGAAGCUGGCGCUCAGUAUUUUCUACCAACGGCCACCGACCGCGACUCGCCAGCAAACAGUGUUUCCGCAAAGUAUUCGAUCGUUGAAGGAGAUACAAACAAGUUCGGCUUGUUGGUGGAUUCUUCCCCUGGUCAGGAAACACUGCUGUUUCUCGUGACCAAAACCAAGUUCAACAGAGAGAUACAAGAAAUCUACCACCUCAAUAUAUCAGCAACUGACGAUGGGACGCCAUCUUUGUCGGGGUAUUUAUCUGUUACUAUUAAUAUAAUCGACAACAACGACAAUGAACCGGUGUUUGAUAUGAGUGAAUAUACAGCUACAGUAAAUGAGAAUGCAACGGUUGGAACUCAUAUUCUUACUGUACAUGCAAGUGACCUUGAUAAGGGCGCCAACGGAGAUGUGAGUUAUAGAAUCAGCGAACGCUCGGAUUCGAACAACUUAUUCUCUGUGAAUACAUUAAGCGGGGUUAUAACUUUGCGUGGACAACUCGAUUACGAGAUUGCCACGAGCCACAGACUGUCACUGGAGGCCUUCGACGGUGGAGAACCAGAAUUAUUUGGACGAGCAUUCGUUACGAUAACAGUUGUAAAUGUGAACGACAACAACCCCGUUAUCAGUUUUAGAUUCGUCCCACCUUCUGCUACCAUUGCAUCGGUGGAAGACGGCGCAACAUCUGGUACGCUAAUAGCUUUGGUAACGGCGACCGACCGAGACAACGCCAGAUCAUCAAAUAGUCCGAUUGACUUGGAAAUAGUAUCCGGAAAUGAAUUAGGAAACUUCCGUCUGUUGAUUGUGCCACGGAUUAAUAUAGGAAGGCUUCAGGUUGUAGGCAAGAUUGACGGAAAUCAAGUGGACCGGUACAAUUUAACUUUCCGUGCGGGAGACAGAGGCUACCCGACCCCGCGGUAUUCCCACAAGUACCUCGAGGUCGUUGUCAACUCUCCAAACCAACACCCACCAAUCUUCACGGCCGAAGUAUAUCGAGCAGAAAUCUCUGAAAUCUCACCAACUGGUUCUUUUGUCGUCGCUGUUAAAGCCUCCGAUGCCGACAGAGGGAUAACUGGACGGCUAACUUACAGUAUCGUGGAGGGAAACAUCAACAACUGGUUCAAUAUAGACCAACACACCGGCCUAAUAACCACGAACUCAAGAAUACACUUCGAACACAUUACCAAUGGGCACAUUAACAUCAUAGUUACUGCACAAGACGAAAGUGCUCAACCCAGAAUCGCCAAUACUUCAGUGAUCGUUAGUGUAACAGAUGAAAACGACCAUCCACCAGUUUUUACACAAGCAGUAACUUCUAUUAGCGUUUCAGGCAACAAAAGUCCAGGUUUAUUAUUAACUGUACUUGCGACUGAUAUUGAUACAGGACAAGCUGGAAAAUUAGAGUAUUCCUUAAUCAGCGUUUAUGACGUAAAUAACCGUUACGUCACAGAGGAUUUGUUCGCUAUCAAUGCCACCACAGGAGAGAUACGGAAUGUGGUUGUUUUGAAUUCUGAAGUUUCCCAAAGCUACAAGAUAACUGUAGAAGCCGCGAACCAGCUAGCAACCAUUUGUGUUGUGCAUGUCACUAUCAACUCAGCAGUUACAACACCUCCUGUGAUUUACCCACGGAAAUAUUUCACAACGAUUCAAACAGGGUCAUACAUGGGGUUCACACUAACUGGAGUAAAUGUACUCUCCGAAAACACCGGUGAUCUUAAUUUCCGAAUGACAUCUGAACACACGGGUGUGAGGGUCGAAACUCACACUGGUGAUGUCAUAAUCACUGGUGUUUGGUCACAACCAGUGACGUUUUCGUUUGAAAUUGAAGUUUCUGAUUCAGCUGGUGUAACUUCACAAGAGCCAGCGAUUAUAAAUGUUGUUGUAACUGACCACGUCUCCCCGAUCAGCUUUGAACGAUCGGAGUUUCAGUUUUGGGUGAUGGAGAAUUCACCAAGUGGUUUUCAUAUUGGAAAUAUCAACAUAAAACAAGAGAAUGUUAAAUACGAGAUUUUGGACGGCGAUCCGGACGGUGUGUUCGCUGUAAAUAACACUGGAGACUUGACGUUAUCAACAGCGGUGGAUUACGAAGCAUUGCAGAUGUAUAAUCUAACAUUGAGUGCAUCACGUUAUACAUUAAGCUCCACGCUGGAGUACACCACAACACAUAUUAUAAUCCUUCUAAGAGAUGAAAAUGACAACAAACCAAUGUUUCUCAACGCUUUACCAAUCAAAGGACAAUCCAGAAAUCCACUUGUAUCGAAAUAUUCAGCAAACAUUAAUUUUGACUUACCCACAAACCAUGGGAAUGUACAUACAGUUAUAUAUAAUGCAACGGCCGUAGAUGACGACUCUGGUGUAAACGGUCUCCUCAUUUAUAGCCUGCUGGAUCCAAUGAAUAUAUUGAAGAUUAACGAAACAGGAAUUGUUUCGGUUGAAAGUAUAUUUACUGUGGCGAACCCAAUGAAAAAUCUAGUAUUAAUCACCACAUGUGAUAAAGGGUCACCUCAACGUUGCUCCCAACUUAAUUUAACAAUGAACAUCCGACCAAGACUAGGAUAUGAUGUCAUCGAAUCUAAAAUACGUAGGAACUAUCACGUGAUUCUAUCUGAAGAUACGAAAACGAACACUCGAUUUUUUGAUCUGUCGUUACUACAGCCAUCGAUAUGUGCUUCACCAGUUCAAGUCGCAAGUAAUGGUUCUUUGAUUACAGUGGCAACAUAUAGUUUUAUAAGCGGUAAUAUAGAUCAGGCGUUUGCCAUUUUCCCGGACGGCCAGCUCUAUUUGAAAUACAGUCGGCUAAACCGGGAAAAUGUUGCAAGUUAUGACAUAAAGAUCUUGGCAAAAUGCGAAGCAAAUUCUCAAGAAUUCGACCAAGAAAUUACAAUCAACAUUGAAGUAUCUGAUGUCAAUGAUAAUCCACCUUAUUUCCCGGUUCCAAAAUACACUUUCUACUUGUUCGAAAAUCAGGAGAAAAAUACCGAGAUCGGAACGGUUCGAGCGUUUGAUUGUGACACUGGUAUUCAUAGUACUAUAAUGUAUUCAAUUAUGACUGGGAAUAAUACAGUUCCAUUGCCCUUUGCGGUGAAUGCAUUCAAUGGGAAAAUAAUAAACACAGCGAAGUUAGACGCUGAGACUUUAUCAAGGUAUUGGAACGUUAGAAACAAUACGUUUGUGUUUGCGAUUCGUGCGACUGAUAAUAAUGGUUCUUACGUCACAAACCACCCAACGUUUCACACUGACGUCACGAUUGAAAUUGUCGUUCGUGACGUCAACGAAUUCGCGCCACAAUGUUUGAGACAGUUAUACGUCGCGAAGAUUCCAGAAAACAGCGUGAACGGCACAACAGUGGCCCAUAUCACAAGUACAGAUAUGGAUUACCAGCAAAACAACUUUGAAUACAAGUUACUACCCUCAGAUGCCACACCACCUUUCAUAAUUGAGCGCACAACUGGUCGACUAAUUGUGUCGGAUGGGAGGUACUUGGACCGAGAAGUGAAAGAGAUUCACACACUUACAAUUCAAGUGUGGGACACCCCAACCCCGACAUUAUCGAGUGAAUGCCUUGUUGAGAUUCAACUUACCGAUGUUAACGACAACCCGCCUGUGUUUCAAACUAACUCAUUAAGUUGGUCAGUAUCUGAAUCCAGCCCGCCCUACACUGUAGUGGGCCAACUUCAUGCUGUGGAUCCCGAUGCUGCUGGUUUGAACAAUCUUGUCCAAUAUUCCAUGUCUCCCACAAAUACAGCGGAUGUAGUUGAAUACUUUUGCUGUAGAAGAAUCAUCCGGAAACAUCGUUCUACUUCGGAACCUUGACCGUGAGAGUGUGAGCUCUUAUGACGUCGUUGUG